CCUCCUUCACUCACACCACACCCCCGUGCUAUCACCAGACCGAACGCUAUUUUCAUCGCAUAUCACCAUUGUUCCCCCCCCCCCGCUUCCAGUGUUUAUUGCCCUCCCCGAGUUCCCCAGAUUCCCCCGUGCUCUUGGGUUUUUCGGCCUUGGUGGAUGGAUGGUGCAGGUUUCCGUUCACGCGGCGACGAGAGGCAUGCACGCGACACUGACGGCGACAUCAUCUGCUCACAACACUGUCUAACUUCCAUCUCUAUAGCUUCAACGCGACACCUGCGCAGUAGAAGAACAUACCCAUGGCGUUCAAUUUCAACUGGUCGCCGCUGAUUGCGGAUACCUCGCGCGCUCGAGAGAUGCUCACCAUCGCCCUUAAUAAAUCUCCCAAGCCGCCCAUUAUCGUCGACGACAUCAUCGUUACUGAGCUUAACCUUGGGUCCACUCCCCCCGAGCUAGAGAUACUGGAGAUUGGCGAUUUGGCAGAGGAUCGGUUCAGGGGAAUAUUCAAAAUGUCGUAUACGGGUGAUGCGUUCCUGACACUGAAAACAAAGGUUCAGGCGAACCCGCUGAAUACCCUCCUCUCCACAAAACCGGACUUCGCGUCGCCUCAGCCACUAGCUGCGGCCUCCGGGUUGACGAUACCGCUGCAGAUUACACUGUCGGAUAUUCGCUUGUCGGGGUUCGUGAUACUGGUUUUCUCGAAGCAGAAGGGUCUGACGUUGGUUUUCCGGAAUGAUCCCCUCGAGUCGCUCAAGGUGUCGUCGACUUUUGACUCGAUACCAUUCGUGCGAGACUACCUGCAGAAGGAGAUUGAAGGCCAGCUUAGAGUGCUCUUUAUGGAGGAUCUUCCAGCUAUCAUUCACCGUCUUUCUCUUCGCCUAUGGUCGGAAGAGUAUCAAGAGCUCGAGACAGAGCAGAGGCUGGAUGGCUCAAAAGAUACCACCGCGCCCAUCGACCCUCUAUCUACUCCUCCCCAAGAUGCCGUCGAUGCCUUCGGCAACCCUCUCGAUGAGGACCAAAUCGCCGCCCUCUCCCUCGAUCCCGCCUCCGAAGUCCACGCGUCCUUCUCACAGAAGAACAUACUUCGUCUCGCGGCGCUGUCAGAAUCGCAACGGACACUCUCGCUGUUCACACCAUCCAUCCGCGAAGCUGUAUUCCGCGCCUGGGCGAAUAAUUCCGACCGCGCCGACUCUGGGUCAAAUACGCCAGCACUUACACUCUCAAGCCUAUCGAGGAUCCAGUCAACGUUCGGAAGCAUUAAAUCGAACACAUCCUCCGUCGCAUCCGGCAGCACAGGAAACGACACGCAAGCCACCCGGCCAUCACUUGUAUCCGCCUACUCGGGCCCCGCCGGCCUCAGUCUCAGCGCAAACCGAUCCCGCACCCACCCCAUGCGAAAGCGCAAGAAGCGCGUCGUCAACCUCCGCAAAGACGGCACCGAAUCCUCAGGUGUCUCCACCGAUGCCACAAACACUCCUUUCCCGAGCACAAACGUCUCGGAAACGGCAAGCGUCAUACCUGAAGAAAGAGAAGGCGAAGAAGAACCUACUACACCCCCCCGGAGCCCCACCAAAGCUGCAGGUGGUGGGCUACGCUUCGAAGGCAAGCAUGGAAGCCUGGAUGUCGGAGAACCAGGUAGGGUGGUGGAGAAGGCGGCUCCAGGCGGCUUGUUACCCGCUGCGCCGCUGCUCGAGGAAGCGCCCAAGCUUUCGAAGAGUAAACAUACACAGAAAUCGCAAAGCGGGGUCUUUGAGAAUGAGAGUAAACGAAGCAGGCCUCCGCUUAGUAGCAACCGCCUCCGAACAGCGCAGCAAACCACAUCUCCCCUCCUCCGGUCGUUGUCAUUUGACAAAGUAUCUUCAAUAUCUUCGGGCUCUAAGAUCCCGCUGUCGCCACGGUCCUCGGAAGAUGGGACGGCGUCGACGGGCGGGAUUUUGGAGCAAGCGUGGAUGUUAAAGAUGGCGCAUGAAAUCGCGAGGAAGGUGCAGGAGGAGAAGGAGAAAGAGGCCGUGGGGCAAGAUCCAGAUACUCCGACACGACGUCCGCGACCACGACCGCAAACGUCGAAAUCGGCAGGCAUGCUCCCGAGAGGGGGGUUGUGGACGGAUGAGGAGGUCGAUGCGCCGCCGGCGUAUGUUGCAUAAGAGGGGAAAAGGAGGGAGACACAAUCGUGAUGUUAUGAGUUAUGCUUCAUGACAUCUGGCGUUUCAAUGGUCUCUCGCUGAGCUGAUCA